AUGCCUAGAAAUAAAGUAAUAUUAUCUUUGAUUGAAAAUGAAUCUGAUAGAAAAGUUUCAUACAAGAAAAGAGAAAAAGGGUUCUUGAAAAAAGCUCAUGAACUGAGCACUCUUUGCGAUGUUGAAAUUGCUGUUGUUAUUGAUAGUCCUUACAACAAUGAACCUACGAUAUUUCCAAAUUAUAGUGCUGCAAUCAACACCUUUAUAAAGUUUAAAGAGUUGCCAACGUUGGAAAAAUCAAAAGAUAUGGUGACAAGAGAAGAGUUCACCAAAAAACGAAUCGAGAAGAUCGAGAAAAAACUACUAAAGGUAAGGAAGCAAAAUAGGCUCAAGGAAAUUACAAAUGACAUGUAUGAAGUUACAAAAGGAAAAGAUGUUUCCCCUAACAUGGAUCCUUACUACUUCAAUGAUCUGAGUUAUGUGAUCAAGAAAAACAUAAUGCAGAUACGUAAAGCAAUGAAUGCUGAUCUCUCCCCAAUGGGUUCAUCCAUGCCAAUUAAUAACCACCAAAACUAUACAACUAACAGUCCACAGAGUCCUCAAUUAUCUGAGUUACUAAAUUGGAAUAACGAUGAUGUAGUGACUUUAUUAGAGGAUCCAUCAUUACACAACAUUAAUUCUCAAGAUCCGAAUCAUACCAACAAUACCUAA